AUGCUUCACUUUAAGCAGGACACAGAUUCUGAGUGGCCCCUGAACAGGAGAGGUCCUCCUCCGGCACGCAAACCCCCAACCGUGACACAAAACUUCAAGCGAUUUGGCAUCCCGCUCAUUGCCACCAUCCUGAGCAUGGCCACCAUCAUUGCAAUUGCCUUCCUAAUCAAGGCAACUCUGGAACACUACUACUUCCUCUGCAGCAAGACAAUCAAGUUCAUCCCCCUGCAGCAGCAGUGUAAUGGGCAGGAAGAUUGCUCCUGGGGAGAGGACGAGCAGAAGUGUGUUCAGCAGGUCCCAGAAGGCCCACCCGUGGGAGUCCGCGUUUCCAAAGACAGAUCCACCUUGCAGGUGCUAAACAAAGAGACUGGAGCCUGGUUCUGGGCAUGUCACGAUAACUUUCAUAUGGCCCUGGCAAAAGCAGCUUGCAAGCAAAUGGGCUACAGCAGCGUCCCCACGUUCAGCGCUGUGGACCUUGCAGACACACAGGGCCUGCCCCUCAGGGAGGUCAUGGUGAACAAUGGGGUCCUCCGAGGGCAAGACUCUGGCAGGCAGUGCCUCUCUGGAUCCGUGGUUUCACUCGCAUGUGGCACCUGCGGAGAAAGCGUGAAAUCUCCACGGGUGGUUGGUGGGGGCCAGGCCAGGAUCUACACUUGGCCAUGGCAGGUCAGUUUACAGCACAAAACCCAGCACCUCUGUGGGGGCAGCAUCAUUGACCCGAGGUGGAUUCUCACAGCAGCACAUUGCUUCAGGAACAAUCAGGCCCUUCAGAACUGGCGUGUGAAAGCAGGAUCCGAAAUCCUCUCCAACUCCAACACUAUCCCUGUGGAAAAGAUCUUCAUCAUUGACAGUAAUUAUAUGUUGCCCAAAGAUAAUGACAUCGCCCUGGUAAAGCUGACGUCUCCCUUAAGUAUUUCAGACACAGUUAAGCCAAUUUGUCUUCCUUUUUUUGAUGAGGAACUGCCCUCUAACGCCCCACUGUGGGUGACAGGCUGGGGCUACACACAGCAGGAUGGUACAUUGUCCAAGGCUCUGCAGCAGGCGCAGAUCAAACUGAUUGACAGCAACACCUGCAAUGCUCUCGCCGCCUACCAGGGGGAAGUCUCCGAUAAGAUGAUAUGUGCAGGCCUCAUGGAAGGCGGCGUGGAUACCUGCCAGGGAGACAGCGGCGGCCCCUUGAUGUACAAUCCCGGGCACUGGCAGCUGGUGGGGAUCGUCAGCUGGGGACAUGGCUGUGGCAGACCAAGCACUCCCGGCGUCUACACCAAAGUGCAGGCCUACCUCAACUGGAUCUACACCAUUCAGAGGUCAGAGCUCUGAGGACUCCCGCAGCGGCAGCUUCCCGUCACGGCCCCUGCGUUACCCGCCUGGCUGCCCUGGUUCUGAGACCUGCUGGGAAACUAACUUCCAGCCAUUGCCCCUGGGACCUGCACAUCCCUGGGUUCACUUUCUGAAGGCCCAGCACCAGGCCAUGAUUUAGCAGCGGCUCGGGAUCCUGGGGGUGGUUAAAGGGGAGCUGCAAGCAGAGGCCCCGUCACCUCCAGGGAAUUUGCCUGGCUCAGAGCACCUCCCGGGAGAGGAGGAUAUUGCUCUCUACAGCCCCGCCGCGACAGGAAGGUUUGCUUGGAUCCAAGCUGCUGUUUGCUCAGCCCAGUUCUACCCCAUCGCAAUGUUAGUGAAACAAGCAAAGCCUUUCCCCCGCCGGCUGUUCUCGCUCAGGAAAAGUUUAUUCUUUUUAGGAAAAGACCUUUGCAAAAGGAUGUCAUCCCUACUCUCUGCAGAGAUGGGCUAGAUCCAAAACUCUGAUCCCAGCAGAACCAGACUUUGGGGCCCAUCCAGCACCACCGGUGGCCUUAGCCAGAAAUCAUUCUUCGUGGCCUGCAGAACAUGGAGGUUUUCUGACUCCUCUUUAAAUCUCCACAUUUUUAAGCCCAGCUCCAGGGCUCAGCUGGGAAACGGGCUGCACUGCCACCUGUCAAACCUCUUCAUUUAUUUGAAAUAAGAACCCACGAUUUUGUACCCCACCGUGGAUGAUUUUCUGUUGGCAGAACAAGUGCUGUUCUGGGCUGUGGAUGCAGAUGGCUGUUUGCUGGGAUGUGAUUGUUACCGGAAUGAGCAAUUAUAUUUAGUUCAAUAUCAGCCUUAGGAGACACCAAGGCUUAUGCUGAACCCUGUAAUAACUACAGGUCCACAAACAAAUGAUCUCAUGCCUUGAACAUGAGACCAGCAUGUACCCGUGAACUGAGCACAGACCUGGGAGCCAGGAACUCCCGUCUUCAAACCUGAGUCUGCCACUUAUCUCGGCAGGACAACGGAGAUAACCAGAGCGCCUCCGGUGCAACUCCAGGGGGGCCAGCGUAGCAUAAAAGUGGUUGGCACGAGAGGACAAUUGGCCACAUGAGAAAUCUGACACAAACCAUUUGGUGACAAUGAUCUGCUUGGCUCUCGGGCCAAGACUCGGCACUUCUCCGUCCCAUGGCUCCUGCAAUGAGCCUGUGAGGCAGAAACAAAGAGCAAGUCCCUCUCCGGGGUGCAUGAGACAUAAAUCAAUAGGCUGAAGGUGACACUUCUGAGCAAGGCUGCAGGCGGGUGCCGGGGGCUUGGAGACUGAACCCAUGGGAAAGGAGGAAGGGAGGGAGGAAAGACACAGAGCAAAUUGUAUUUCAGGAAAGAAUUCCCAGCAAGUGGGCUGGAGAGCAAGAGUGCAACACCAGAGGCAGCAUAUAACUGGACCCGCGGCGCUCUCUGCUGCCUCUGCUGCACGGGGUCCUGGCGAGCACUGGGGCCCGGUGGAGUGUGACAGACGCAACAGGAGUUUAAAAGCAAAACCAGCAAUCACACAGCAUCUCAUUAAUUAAUGAUUGUGCCCCAGUGAGUUUCCCCAGAGCACCCUGCAGUGGGAGCCACAUGCGUCCUACUCCCAGCUCUGGCACAGGCUCCCUCAUUGGCCUUGAACAAGUCAUGUCACUGCUCUGUGCCUCAGUUUCCCAUCUGUGAAAUGGGGACAAUAUCUGCCUCUCUGGGGUGCCGGGAGGGAUAAUCAGCUAGUGCCUGUGAAGUGCCUGCAGCCCUCAGGGCAGCAGGUGUCAUGGAAGUGCCAUGUUUUCUCAUCAUUGCCUGCAAAUCACACACCUGAGUCCAUUUCAGGAGCCCAAGUUCCUGCGGGUGCUAGGUGGAGCGACUCACUGUUGGCUUUAGCAGCUAGGGGCUGGAGCCGGCCACCCUUCCCCUCGGUAAAGCUUGGCACAGACACAGCCCCAGGAACGGGGUCGCCGUGUCUGUCAAGCACUACAGCAGUAAGGGCAGCAGCAUGUUCCCUGACCCCACCGGGUCACAGAUGAGAAGUCCUGACUCAAAAGGGAAUCGCUCAUGUUCAUUCCCUGCCCUUCUGGGCUCAAGCACUUCCCACAGCCCGUGCCCCCAUGGCAGUGCAGCGCCUAGUACCAGGGGGCACGCCUAGGCUCUACCACAGGUCCCAGAGCACUGUGGGCCCAGUUCAGGCCUGGCAUCAUACUCCAAUGAAGUCAAAGGGGUUGCCCCAGGGAGGGAUCUGGCCUCUUGUACCUGUCUCAGCCUGUACUAGCCAUCUGAGCUCUUUUAAAUGCUGCAUUUCCCACAACCUCUCAAAGCCACAGGCUUCCAAACACUAGUAGCCUCAGCCCCGUCUCUGUGCCUGCUGCAGGCCUCCAGCCCCCCCAUCAGCUCCUCCAGGCUCAGCGCAAGAUCUUCAACAAUGAAGGCUUUCAGGCAGGCUCCUGAGUCCACAGCCAGGCACCUAAACAGAAGGGACCCAAAUUUCAGAGGGGCUGAGCCCCCAGCAACUCCCCAAAUCAGGCCACUAAUUUCGGUGUCUACAAAACGAUUUAGGAGCCUACUUUAAAUCUCCCAUUUCUGAAAAUCUGAGGCAGAGUCUCUGUUCCAGGCCCCACUGCGGCUGCUGCCCCUUCUCCAAACUCCUACUCAGCCUGGUGCUGGUAGCUGGUGGGAGUGGCUGCUCGAGAGGAGAACAUUGCGCGAUGGGAACCACAGUAGCAGAGAGAGGGUCAAGGACGAGCUCUUCAGAAGAGCAGAGAUUUGGUGAACAGAGACCCAGUUAUGAGCGCAGCCAGGAAAGGAAAAACAAAAAUACCCUUUAAAAGUUCAUUUGUGUUUAGGCAAAUCCUAGUGGGUUACAGCACUCUCAUUAACCCUCUGCUAAUAACGAUGAUUCCUCUGAGAUGCCAAGAUUACUCUCACCUUGCCAUGAUUCCUGAUUCCCAUGGGAAAAGGGAUGGGGUGGAGAACAAUCAGAGAGUUGAUUCCCUUCCUCUCAUGAACAAAGCUUUAUUGUGCAGAAGUAAUUAAGAAAAUGCCUUGUGACAUUCGCUUGCAAACUGCAUUAUUCUAGAGGGACACUGUCAUCUUGAAUUAUCUUAAAUGACUAAUUUGUUUGGGCUUUUUAAAUCAAAUCAACUUUCUGAUAUAUCCUUAUU